UGCCAUUCGAUUAGUCGAGUAGUCGAAGUUAAAAAUUGUUGUCGUCGUUGAGAGUUUUCGAAUUAAUUUUUUCCGGACAUUAUUCACAGUCCGCUGCAAGAUGGUUCGUAGUAUUAGUUAUUUACUAGUAACGGUGAUAGCGGUUGCAAGUGUUCAGAUGGUUGAUGGUCAAUUCAACUAUUCGAUCUGUGAAAAUGCUACUUGCUUUGGACUUCCGGACCAUUGCUUAGACACAUUCGAUUGUCAGGCAGUUUGUAAGGUGAACAAACUCACCUCAGACGUCUAUCAAUUCGAGGUGCAAACAAUGCCACAGACGAACCAAUCAUCAUUACCACUAGCGUACGUAGCCGUCGGUCUAUCAUUGGAUUCGCGUAUGGACGAUGACUCUGUGGUGGAGUGUGUUAUGAUGAAUAAUCAAGUUGAAGUGUUCAUGUCAUAUACAAGACAAAGUCCAAGAGGUGCUGAUCGUCAUACGUAUACCGAUGAGAUAAGAAUAACUCAAACAUCAUAUUCCGAUGGGAGUAUACGGUGUGCAUUCGAACGGAAAGCGGUUACCGUUAUCAACAAUCAGAUAUUUGAUUUGAACGGGAUACCCCAUCACUUGCUACUGGCUGUUGGAACUGAAGUGGAUGCCACUUCACUGCGGAGACACACUGUCCGGCUGGCGUCAAACGAACCAAUAAUUGUGCCUGAUAGUGUAGAGAUUCCCAAUCAAAAUAUCGAUUACGAUGCAUGCGCCAUAACACAGACAUGUUUCGGUAUGCCCAGUGGAUGUAUAUCCUCAAAAAAUUGCCAUACGGCCAUUACCAUCACCCACACAUCCCCAACAUACAAGUUUCAAAUGGCUACCAGUUCGGGCACUGCAUAUGUGGCGGUAGGAUUAUCGAUGGAUAAUCAAAUGGGCAGUGAUUCAGUAAUUGAAUGCGUACGAGAGAAUGAUGCAGUUAACAUGUACACUUCAUUCACAAGAAAUGAUCACACAGGAACUGAUCGCCAUUCUUCAGAUGGUUUGGCUACGCUUCUCGAUUCGUCGUAUGUGAACGGUCUAAUAUACUGUUACGUUGAACGUAAUGAAACUGGUGCAGUGUUUGACCAGGAAUUCGAUCUAGCCAACCAGUUUUUCUACAUUUUGCUAGCGAUCGGUGAUGUAACAACUGCCACAAGUCUUACAGGGCACAAACAGAGACAGGUAUCGUCUGAAGCCAUUCAUUUAUCGGAUAUCGUUGAUCUUAAAGAAGCGGCUAAACCGUUGCUCAUUAAAUUGCAUGGAUGCUUCAUGAUAUUCGCUUGGAUGGGUACAGCUGCGGUGGGCUUGGUAUUGGCUAGAUACUUUAAGAAGGAAUGGUCGAAUAAAAAAGUUUUCGGAAAGGAUGUGUGGUUCAUCGGACAUAUGGUAUGUAUGGUGAUCACAUGGACGCUGACACUGGUUGCCUUCGUCAUGAUAUUUGUUCAUGUUGGUGGAUGGACACAGAUCGGAAAUACUCACGGUAUAAUGGGAAUAGUCGUUACGGUCUUGUGCUUUUUCCAACCAAUCGGAGCUGCUUUCCGACCGCAUCCCAAGCAUCCAAGACGGAUCGGAUUCAACAUCGGUCAUUAUUUCAUUGGACGCAUCGCAUUUUUGCUGGCAAUUAUCAACAUCUUCUACUCAAUUUUCUUGACCUCAGCUGAAAUGCCCCUUUGGUUUCUAUCAAUUUUGGUGAUAUUUUGCGUAGUCUUUUGGGGAAACCAUAUUUUGAUGAGUACAAUGGCAUAUCUCGCCGAUGAUAAACGUAGUCUGCUGCGAGCUUUUAUCGGUCCUGCUAAGCACAUUGAUUAUGCGACAGCAGAUUACAUUGCUUGGUACGUCCGACUGAAGAGGAAGUUUUUCGUCCUAUAUUUAGCUGCAAUAAUUGUCCUAGUCGUUAGCAGUAUUUGUGUCGUUAUAUUUAGCCGGACUUAGAUUCAACAGGAGAUUAAAGUUAAUGAUGACUCAGU